AUGGCUGCUCACGCAAAGACUGCACUUAUACCAUGGGACCCUUCGAAUGAGGCACAUUUCAAGCGCAUGUACGACCAACGGGUCGCCUGCGGCUGGCGAUAUGAAGAGGUGGAGGAGUGGAGGAACAAGAUGCUCAAGAGCCAGAAGUUUCUCUACUGGAUCAUAUUGGCCGAUGAUCUUGAGGGGAGAGAAGAGUUACUGGCAACACAUAUCAACCAGUACUCAGAUGUGAGAACCGAGACACCAGCGAUUCAUGGGAAAUCAAGACAUCUGACAAGUCUCAGGAAGCUAAGGAGCUCUCAGAUACAGCGGGUACAGUAUUUAACACUCCUCGGGAACCAACAAAUCGUCGUUUUCUUCCCGGCACUCCAGAGUGCUGGCCUCGGGCGUAGUGCCAUGGCCGAAACCGAGAGACUCGCAAGGCUCCCUCCCUUCAACCGCGACGUCGUCGGCUUAGACACGGUUCAGAAGCAUUUCCAGCUCGGCGAUAACAAUUUUAACAAAACUUAUUACAGUUCUAGUGGCUUAGAGGUGCGUGCGAUCGAAGAAUGGUACAUGCGUCAGGGAUACGAGGUUGUUGAGAGGGUUGAUCAAGGGUAUAACUGGAAGGACCCUGCAACAGGAGAUUUUCUUCCAGUGCCGCUUGUCUACAUGGUCAAGAGAUUUUUUUCAGAAUAG